CCCUUUCUACCGAUCGAACGUUUCCGUAAAACAAAAGAGGGUGAGAGUUUUCAAGCUUGCUCUUUUUCCAGGAACUUCACUGCUGAAGUAGCCAAUGAAUACCCAAAGAAGUUUGCAGCCUUCGCGAAUGUACGGGGAAAGAAGAAUUGGAAUGCUAAAGAAGAUUCGCAUUCGCAACCUUGCACCUUGAAAAAAACGUGA